AUGCGUGAAUCGGAUUAUGUUCUUGCAAGAGGUUGGCUUGGCUAUGCAAUUGAAUGCAAUGUAAAAGAGUUGAAUCUUUGCUUGAAGUCCUAUUUCUAUGACAGUGAAGCCGCGCUUGACAGUUAUGCGGUGCCCGAGAGUAUUCUAACAGCAAAAUCAAUAAUUGAGUUCUAUUUGUGUGGGGCUAUUUUCAAGUCAUGUUACAGUGAUAUUAAUUUAUCUUCUUUGAGAAAGUUGGUUUUGAAGCGAGUUGAUAUGAAUGACCAAAUUUUCCGAACUCUAAUUUCUGGUUGUCCUGCAUUAGAAGAGAUAACAAUUGGACAAUGUUACGGGUUGAAAAAUAUACAUGUGAGAAGUCUUCCUAGGCUCAUGGCGGUUACGUUGCUCUAUAAUCCUGAACUUGAGAUCUUUAAGAUUGAAGCACCAAAUCUAAAGAAACUACUAUUAGAAUCAACCAUUGUGACAGACAAAUGGUUGCACGACUUCCUUUCUAAACAUCUUCUCAUUGAGAGCUUGGAGCUACGGCAUUGCAAUAUGUUAAAAAGGAUUAAGAUUUCAAGUGAUCACUUGAAGAGUUUAACAAUUUGUCAUUGCGCAAAGUUGGUUGAAGCUAACAUUAUUACUCUUAACUUAGAUAGACUCAAGUAUAGUGGUGAUGUUAUAUCAUUUUCUUCCAAUGCUAGGAUUCUAUCUGAAGUUAGACUCAAAUUUAAAAUUGCUCCUUUGGAUCUUAAAAAGAUUGAGUUCCUCGCAAAGUUGAAUCAUCCGAAAUUAUUGGCUUGGAAUACUCUCCGUGUCGAGAGUGUGAUUGCUCUAAAAGAAUUGAGAGAAAUACUACCAUCCCCAUUGUAUAAUGUCAAGCAAUUGAAGCUAAAAGUAAAUCAUCGACGUGGGUGUUAUGAGAUCUUCAAACUUGUGGAUGCCUUGCUAUGGAUUUCUCCUCUUCUAGAAACUCUUUUUAUAGAAUGGAGGAUGGAUGAGAAUAUAUCUUUCCAGUUCUCCUAUGAAGAUCAUAUUUACAAAUCGAAAAAACAUAAUUGUUGCAAACUUCUUCCAGUUCUAUGUUGGCGGCAUUGCCUAAAGACGGUCAAGAUUGAACAUUGCGGAGGAACUAUCGCAAAAGAGACUCUAGAGUAUUAUUUUUCCACAAAUGCUGAAAUCUUAGAGAGCUUCGAAUAUUGUAUGAGGAUGCAUGUUUAA